AAAAUCCAAAGUCCACCUGCACUGACUCACACUACAAACCCCGGAGUGUGGCGAGUGUGCAGAAGUUUACACGCCCUGGCGCUCUGCAGCAGGUAUAAUGGAACAGAUCAGUGAGUAUCUCUGUAAAUAUAAAGGCCUUAUAUUUGCUAGCGGAAUGACGACAGCAGAACACAUCGAUUCUCUACAGAGCUUCAAAAUACGAGACAGUGACGUAUUUUUGGUGACGUACCCAAAGUCAGGUACAAUAUGGACACAGAAUAUCAUCACGCUAAUCUGUGAGUCCGAGUUUGAGCAGAGAAAUGACGUUUCCAAUAAUCUUGAGAAAAUGCCAUGGCUGGAGUUUCCUGAAGGUCACUCAGAUUACUCUUCACGACCUUCUCCUCGCCUCUUUGCGUCCCACCUCCUGCCCAGGCUCAUGCCCCCCGGCCUGAAGGACAAAAAGGCUAAAAUAGUGUAUGUGAUGAGGAACCCUAAGGACAACGUGGUGUCUUAUUUCCACUUCUGCCAUGCGAUGGCCAAGCUGGAGACCCCUAAGAGCUUUGAGGACUUUCUGCAGCAGUUCCUGGCUGGAGAUGUUGCAGGAUCAUCGUGGUUCGAUCAUGUCAGAGAGUGGUACACACACCGAGACCAGUACAACAUCCUGUUUCUGACGUAUGAGGACAUGAUCACGGAUCUGAUGUCAGCUGUGGAGAAGAUCAGCAGGUUCUUGGGUCGAGAUCUGAGUGAAGCUGCUCUGCGUCGUGUCGUGAAGAAAACAACCUUCCAGAACAUGAAGAAAGACUCAAAAGCAAACUAUGAGUUUAUUCCUGAAGAUCUGCUACAGAAGGGCCAGUUCAUGCGUAAAGGGACAGUUGGAGAUUGGAAGAACACCUUCACUGUGGCCCAGAGCGAGAUGUUUGACCAGGCCUACAAGGAGAGGAUGAAGGACCUGCCGUUUCAGCUCACAUGGGAAUAAACCCUGGAGGAUCAGUGAUGUCCGUGUGCAGAUGAUUCCAACACGCUGGACUGUUAAAGUGUGACACGUUGGAGCUUUCUGAUAGAAUGCAGAGCAAAUUCACUUCAUACUCAUUUAGAACAAACCACAAGAAAGAUCUCACACAACCAAGCAGCUUAUUAUCAGCACAAAGCAAACUGAUCACAUCACACACAGCUGAGUGUAAACAGAUCGUGUUUCAGGGUGAACGCUGACUUUAAGAAGACACAGAAAUGAUAUGAGAUGUUCAGUGGUUUGGUUUCACACACACACACACACACUGUAACAGAGGUGUCAGGUCCACGUGUGUGUUAAUAAACGUGUUAAUUACUCAUUCA